AUGACUACAAUGAUAAUUCCCGACGACUCGUUUAUAAGUGAUGACGAGGAAGAAUAUUGUCCAUUAUGUGUUGAAGAAAUGGAUAUAUCAGAUAAAAAUUUUAAACCAUGUCCUUGUGGAUAUCAAAUUUGUCAGUUUUGUUACAAUAAUAUCAGGCAAAAUCCUGAACUAAAUGGAAGAUGUCCUGGAUGUAGAAGAUUAUAUGAUGAUGAAAGUGUUGAAUAUAAAACAGUUUCUGCUGAAGAGUAUAAGAUUUUGCAUUCCAAGAAGGAGAAAAGAGAACGAGAAAAGAAGCAAAGAGAAAAAGAAAGGAAAGAACUGGAUAUGGCAAACAAGAAACAUUUGGCUGGAUUGAGAGUUGUACAAAAAAAUUUAGUUUAUGUUACGGGAUUAAAUCCACCAUGUAGUCCAGAAGAAUUACAUUCAAUAUUAAGAUCAGAUAAAUAUUUUGGACAAUAUGGUAAAAUUAGUAAAAUUGUAAUAAAUAAGAAAACUCCCAAUCCAAGUUCUACACAUCAUCAUCAAAGUUCAGGUUUAGUUGUUUAUGUUACGUUUGCAAGAAAAGAAGAUGCAUUAAAUUGUAUUACAGAAUUAGAUGGAUCUUUAUGUGAUGGAAGAGUAUUAAGAGCAGCUCAUGGUACAACAAAAUAUUGCUCUUCUUAUUUGAGAGGUCAUCCAUGUCCAAAUCCAAAUUGUAUGUUUUUACAUGAACCUGGAGAAGAAGCAGAUUCAUUUACAAGAAAAGAUUUAUCAACUCAACAAGGUAUAAAGAUGGGAAUGACUUCAAGACAACAUACUACAUCAUUUGGAGAAAGUUCUUAUAUUCCAAAUCAUCAAUUGAGUGAAAUGACAGAUGAAGAUGUUCAUAAUUUUAAUCAACAACAUCCUCCUCAAGUUGCACAACCACCACAAGAAGGUAGCAAAGAACAUUUACCAGCUACAGCUCAUUGGGCAAAUAUUCAACCUACAAUACCAACACCUACUGCCCCAACUAAUAAUUCUGUAAAUAAUAUACCAUUAGCUAAUUCAGCAGCAUUCCCAACAUUAGGAGAAAUUGCGAGAGAUCAUAAACAACAGCAAAGAAAAGAAUCAAAAUCUAGAGUGUCCAGUACUAAAAUUACAAAAGUUACAAGUCAAAUUGUACCGGAUGAUAUAGAUGUUGAUGACGAUUCUGUAAUACCUUUUAUUGAACUGAUAACAGUUGAAUUGAAAUCCCUUAAUGAUAUUAAAAAUACACAAUUUAAAAAAUUAGAAACCGGUUUACCAUUAUUUUCGUUUACAGGUAAUUAUUCAAAUGAAUUUAAACCUGAAGAUGAAAAAUUAUUAGCACGUCAAGUAAUUGAAAAAUAUUUAUUGAGACCAAUAAAAAAUUAUCAUUUAGCUUAUCAAAAUCAUCCAAUAAUGCAACAACAAUCGUUAUUACAACGCCAACAGCAAACACCAAUCAUGCCUGUAGCACAAUUGCAAAAGUCUGAAGAACAACAUGCAUUAUUAAAUCAAUUGCGUCAACAACAAAUACAGCAACAGCAACAACAGCAGCAGCAACAACAACAACAACAACAACAACAACUAAACAUGGUCAAAUCUAUUGAUCGAGCAACCACAUCAACACCACCUCCUCCUGGACUUUUUAACAAAACACCCGCAUUACAAAACAACAUACCAAUUAAUUCUCAACGCCCCUCAUCACAAUUAUUAACCCAAUUAAUGAAUAAAAAAUAA